AUGAAGCUCUCCACGGUACUCUCCGGCCUCUCUGUCGUGGCCGGCACGGCCAACGCAGCCAUCCAGGGGUUCAACUACGGAGCCUUCUUCAACAACCAGGCGGCCAAGCAGCAGGUUGAUUUCGCAUAUGAGUUCAACAAGGCAAAGAACCUGCCCAACCAAUCAGGGUGGAAUGCCGCGCGGUUAUACACGAUGGUCCAGUGGGGGACCACAAGUGACGUCGUGUCGGCCAUCCCAGCCGCCAUCAACUCCCAGACUCGUCUGCUGCUCGGCCUGUGGACCUCGGGCGGCAGCUUCCCCAACGAGCUCAAGGCGCUUCAGACAGCCAUCAACCAGUACGGCACCGCCUUCACCGACCUCGUGGUCGGCAUCUCAGUAGGCAGCGAGGACCUGUACAGGAACCAGAACAAUGAGGUGGGGAUCGGGCCGGACGAGCUUGUGGGCUACAUCAACCAGGUGCGCAGCACGAUCGCGGGCACGUCGCUGCAGGGCAAGCCGAUCGGGCACGUGGACACGUGGAACAUGUGGCUGGACGGGGCCAACAGCAAGGUGGUGGCGGCGGUGGACUGGGUGGGCAUGGACGCGUACCCGUACUUCCAGUCGGCGUUUGACAACCGGAUCGAGAACGCCAACUCGCUGUUCUGGAGCGCGUACGACCAGACCAAGGCGGCGGCGCAGGGCAAGGACGUGUGGGUGACGGAGACGGGGUGGCCUGUCAGCGGCGACACGGUCAACGGCGCGGUGCCCAGCGCGCAGAACGCGCAGACGUACUGGAAGCAGGUGUCGUGCGGGCUCAUCUCGCGCAACAUCAACACGUUCUGGUACAUGCUGCAGGAGAGCCAGUGGGGGCAGGCCAACCCGGACUUUGGCAUCUACGGGGCGGGCGACCUGGGCACGCUGUCGCCUCAGUUCGACCUGUCUUGCUAA